GGGAUACAGACACGCCACUUCCAGCUGCCUGCACUGACUGACCGCUCCGUCCGCCGCCCAGACUGGCCGCCUCUCACAGGGUGUUUUUAACUGUCCUGUGCGCGUCCUCUGCAGCUGACCGAGGACCUGAUCGAGGACCUGACCGAGGACCUGAUCGAGGUCCUGAUCGAGGACCUGACCGAGGACCUGAUCGAGGUCCUGAUCGAGGACCCGAGGACCUGAUCGAGGUCCUGAUCGAGGACCUGACCGAGGACCUGAUCGAGGACCUGAUCGAGGUCCUGAUCGAGGACCUACCCGAGGACCUGAUCGAGGACCUGAUCGAGGACCUGACCGAGGACCCGAAGACCUGACCGAGGACCCGAGGACUGACCGGUCAUGGAGGUCUCGUUUGUUGGCAAACGGGCUCUGGUCACCGGAGCAGGAAAAGGGAUCGGCAGGGACACGGCUCUGGCUCUGGCACGCUGCGGGGCAAAGGUCACAGCGGUCACACGCACGCAGGCCGACCUCGACAGUCUGGUGCAGGAGUGUGCGUCCAUCACCCCGGUGUGUGUAGACUUGGCAGACUGGGGGGCCACGGAAGCGGCUCUGCAGGUCGUCGGUCCCAUCGAUCUGCUGGUGAAUAAUGCUGGAUGUGCCAGUCUGCAGCCGUUUCUGGAGGUCACGCCCGACCAGUUUGACCAGUCAUUCAAUGUGAAUGUGAAAGCUGUGUUGCAUGUCUCCCAGAUAUUGGCCCGUGGGAUGAAGGCAAGAGGGUCAGGAGGCUCCAUCGUUAACGUGUCCAGCCAGGCCUCGCAGUGUGCCCUCAGAGACCACGCUGUCUACUGUGCCACUAAAGGAGCCCUGGACAUGCUGACCAAGGUGAUGGCCCUGGAGCUGGGACCCCAGCAGAUCCGCGUGAACAGUGUGAACCCCACAGUGGUGAUGACUGACAUGGGUCGUCUGGGCUGGAGCGACCCUGAAAAAUCCAAGACCAUGCUGUCCCGCAUCCCCCUCGGACGCUUUGCAGAGGUGGAGGACGUGGUGAACACCAUCUUAUUCCUGCUGAGUGAUAAGAGCAACAUGAUCAAUGGAGUCUCCCUGCCGGUGGACGGAGGCUUCCUGGCCUGCUGAGCAGCAUGACUCCCCCCCCAUACAGAUUCACUGAUUAAACUCACACACUUACCCUCUCA